AUGCCGCCAAAAGCUGUCAAAGAUGACAAGACUUUCGGGAUGAAGAAUAAGAACAAGUCGGCGAAAGUCCAAAAGACGAUCGCGACUAUUCAGAAACAGCAGUCGAUGGCUGGAAAGUCGCCGGCAGAUCUGUUGAAAGCGAAGGAGAAGCAGGAUAAGCUGGAUGAGAAGGCGAGGCUGGAAGCUAGGAAGAAGAUGGAGGCGGACUUGUUUAGGCCGGCGCAGGUGCAGAAGAUUGCAUUCGGGACAGAUCCAAAGACGGUGCUUUGUGUCUACUUUAAAGCUGGGCACUGUGACAAGGGGAACAAGUGUAAAUUCUCACACGAUCCAAAUGUCGAGCGGAAAGCAGCAAAAGUCAACAUAUACGAGGACACGCGGGCGGCAGAAGCGGCAGAGAAAGCGAAAGACGAUAUGGCAGGAUGGGACGAAGAGAAGUUGCGGCAAGUCGUCACUCAGCAGGAGAACAAGCAGACAAAUGCGACAGAUAUUGUCUGCAAGUUCUUUAUUCAGGCCAUCGAGGAUAAGAAGUAUGGAUGGUUACAUGCCUUACCACCAGGAUUCGUACUGAAGGCGGACAAGAAGAAGGCGGAGGAAGAAGCCAAGAAGGAGCAAAUAUCCUUGGCGGACUUCCUGGAAGUUGAGCGCCACAAGCUGAAACAACCCCUCACACCCGUCACUCCCGAAACCUUCUCCACAUGGAAGAAGACCCGAUUAGAAAAGAAGGCGGCCGAGGCCGAGGCAAUGGAGAAGGCCAAAGCGUCACAGCGGGCCAUGGGCAAGAUGACGGGUAUGACUGGGAAGGAUAUGUUUGACUUUGGCGGGGAGCUGUAUGAGGAUGAAGAGGAGGAAGGGGGUGAGGACUGGGAUAUCAGUCGGAUGUUGGCGAGAUAUAGGGCGGAAGAGGAGGAACGGGAUGGGUAUGAUAAGCCAUCAGAGGAAACAAUAGCGGAAGGCGAUGAGGAUGCGGAGGAGCCGGAAGUAGGGAGUGUGGCGGGUAAGGUAGAAGUCUUGAGUAUCUAG